UAUAUUUUCAAAUUGUAGUAUUUAUCAUUCUCAAAACUCGUAUAAUGAAACGAAAACCUAUGGAUUAUGUUGCAACACAAGUGAAACAGAGACUGAUAAAUGACGGCACGCUAUAGAGUACCAAGAGUUUGAUUAAGUAAACAAAACAUGGUGGAUUAAACAGAAAAAUAUUUUUUGGAUUAAAUCGAUUGUAGUAUGCUCCAGUAUAAUAUCGAAGUUCGUAAUCGCAAAUCGAAAUCGUCACUUCACGAACAAUCUGUCAAACAGAUACAGAAGGAACAUUGAAUUCUCGUCAAAUAUUAUUGUCAAGGAAAUUACAAUAUGAACAUUAAGGAGACAGUUAUUGAAAGUCAUCAAGGAGGCAUAAAAAUAGUGCAGUACAACAGGCCUCACAAGAAGAAUGCCAUAGAUCCUACAAUGUAUCUGCGUUUAAUAAAUAUCUUUAAUGAGACCGCUAUUGAUGAUAGUAUAUCUGUGAUGGUGCUUACGGGUGCUGGAGACUUCUACAGCAGCGGCAAUGACUUCUCAGUUGCUACAGACAUGUCAAAAGGGUUGAAUGUCCUUAAAGAAUACAUUAAUGCAUUUAUCAUGUUCCCAAAAAUAUUAGUUGCUAUUGUCAAUGGACCUGCUAUUGGGAUUGCUGCAACUACACUUGCGCUUUGUGAUUUAGUCUUUGCUUCAGAGAAUUCCUAUUUCUACACGCCAUUUACGAAAUUAGGUAUUGUGGCAGAAGGCUGUUCUACUUUCACAUUUCCAAGACUAAUUGGAGACAGAAAGGCAACAGAAAUGUUACUGUGUAACCACAGGAUGACAGCCAAAGAAGCAUUAGAAUGUGGUUUUAUAAAUGAUAUAUACAAACCAGAGGAACUUCAGAGUAAAGUUUGGGAUAAAAUAACAGAAGUGUCCAAACUACCCCCAAUAUCUGUAGCUGCAACUAAGAAACUUUUGAGAGACAGUGUGAGACAGGAACUGUUGAAAGCGAAUGACAUCGAAAUACAAGAACUUAAUUCUAUUUGGGUCUUGAAAAGUAAACUGUGAUGAACUUUUUAUCAA